CGCCGGUCACUCAGCGGGAGAGGAGCGCGCACCUUCUCUCCGCCUCGUUUACUCUCGUUUAUUGGCCUUUUUCUCUCAUUUCUUUCCUUCUAUCUACGAGAAAUUAAGAAGUAGAGAGACGAGGACUGACGAUGGAUCCCUCGUCGCCGCCGCCCUCCGCGCCUGCAGCCUUCACCGUCCCCGGCUGCCGCACGCCCGCCGCCCACACGCCCAUGACGGACACUCGCCCCGCCCUCGCCCACACUCCGGCCGCCCACGCGACGCCCAUACCGAACACGCCCAGGCACCUGACGCCCACGAUGCGUUUUCAUACCACGCCCGCCCACAGUCUAGGCCUACCUCCCUACGCCACGCCCGCCCGCACCACGCCCAGUCAUGGCAUGCCCGCCCGCACCACGCCCAGUCAUGGCAUGCCCGCCCGCACCACGCCCAGUCAUGGCAUGUCCGCCCGCACCACGCCCAGUCACAGCACGCCCGCCCACCCGCUCCCAUUCCCUCCAAGACGCCCACAGAGCGCGCCCUCAUUCACGGACAGGCCGCCCUCCAGUGUCUUCAGAAGCGAGGGAACAAGCAACAUAGACGUGGCAGGCAUGGGCGUGGCAGGCAUGGGCGUGGCAGACAUGGGCGUAGCAGGCAGGUCCGGUGGGUCCAGCUCGAGCUCUCUGAUGGGCGUGGGCGCGGUAGAAGUGCAAGGUGGGCUGGGUGGGCGUCUCGCUAGGGUGCUGAGGAGCGUCCCGGCCUCCGCCCUGAGUGGGGGGCAGUGGGCGCGGCGGGGAACGAGCUCGUCCUCCAACACGCCCGGUCUCUCCACCUCACACUCCACCUACUUCCACACCUCAUCCUCCACCCUCCUGGACUCCUUGAGGAAAGCAGGCCUGUCGGGAGAGAGAAAUGUCGACUCUACGAACACAGGGAAUAGAGCUCAGAAUAGUUCAGCGCUCCCCAUGCCGCCUCCACAACCACGCGUUGGAGGCGCGACCCUCGCCCUAACGCCGGGGGGCCAUAAGGACGACGGUCGGCUGGAGGUUUUCGGAGGACCACGUGGUCUGCCGAGGAAGAGUCGCGCCCCAGAGCAAUCCCCGGCGGCUCAUGGCAGGAGAUCCUCGUCCUCCUUCUCUCCCUCCUCCUCGUCCUCCUCCCUCGGGAUGCCCCAGCCCGAAGGAGGCGCUCGGGAGGACCUGUGGGGGAACGCCGAGAGGGACAUGGCGGAGGUUCAGGAUCAUUCUGCUGACGAAGAGGCCGAUCAGGUUGUCAUGAGCAUGUCAUGGAGUCAAGGCAAACUGGGAGCUGCCUUUUACCACAUCAGCACGUCGCAGGUGUACAUGGUCGAGGACAAAAUCGAAGCCGCGCCGGACUUCUGGGUUUUGAGGAAUCUCUUCCGGGAACAGCGACCAAGGUGGGUUUUGAUUGGCGGAAGGCAAGAUGAGCGCCUGUUUUCCGUCCUGAGGGAGCUGUGUGGCUUACCCAGCAGCCCGGUCGCAGGUGCUUCCAAUCAGGCACAGCACGACCCGAGAAGAUCGACUCCUGCAGAAGGCACCGCAGGGGAAGGUGGCCAGCGCGCCCCUCCUCCUCCUUCAGCGGCUCACGGCUCGUCAGCGUCCCCGGCAAGGUCCUCCACCUCCUCCCCCUCCUCCUCCUCCUUCUGCUCCACGCCUUCCUGUAACAUGCGAGUCCUUCCCACGUCUGAUUUCAAGUACGAGCUGUGCGUGCGUCGCGUCCUGUCCCUGUCGCUGCCCGGGGAGCCGCAGGGCCUGACGGAGGGGGACAGGGAGCUCUUCGUCAGGGGCAAGAUCAACACCGACCUCGUGUCCAUGACGAGGGCACUUGGCGCUCUCCUCAGGUUCCUGGACAAGCACGGGGCGGAAUUGCUCGACGGGACCACACUCCUGGGCGGCACUCCCGUCCUGGGCGUUCACUACUACAGCAUGGACGAGUUGGCCCAGCUGGACGACGCGACGGUGGCGGCGCUGCAGCUGUUCUCCGAGGACCAGCACCCGUCGGCCUUCAAGAGCGGGAAGGCCUCGAGCAGCAAGGAGGGCCUCAGCCUCUACGCCCUCCUCGGCAGGACCGCCUCGCCCAUGGCCGCCCACGCGCUCAGGAGGGUGUUGCUCCGUCCCGUGUUAGACGCCGAAGUACUGGAGGCUCGGUACGCCGCUGUCGAGUGGGGGGUGAAUUCGGCUAACAUGGAGACUCUCCGACACCUCCACGCCUGUCUCAAGUCUGUCACCAAUGUGCCGCACACCAUGAAGCGGCUUCAAAGAGGCCAGCUGAAUGUGAGGGACUGGAGGACUUUGUAUAAGUCCCUCUUCAACGCUAUACUCGUGGGAGAGAUCUGUCAAGCUCAGGACCAAGACAUUCCAAUCUUCAAGGAGGUAAGCGAGGGCGUGACGGAGGGCUUGUACCACGCGACGUUCCUCAUCCAGCGCAUCAUGGACAUGGAGCAGUCGGAGCGGGAGGCCAGGUUCGUCGUGAAACCGGGUGUGGAUCCGGAGCUCGACGACAAGAAGCGUCGGUUCAGCGGGCUCGGAGAGGUCAUGCGCCGCGUGGCCGAGGUCGAGUUGGACCACUUGCCCCUCGAGGUCGACUCCUGCUGCAUCAUCUACCUCCCCCACGUGGGCUACCUCCUCGCCUUCCCGCCCACGCCCGAGCUGGACCGGAGCCUCAACGCCCACGGGUAUGACCUGCCGGGGCUCGAGUUCAUGUUCCGCACCAGCGACAUGAUUCUGUACAAGAGUCGGACGUGUCAUGAGCUGGACCGCGAACUGGGUGACAUCCAAGUGGACAUCGCCAACCACGAGACGAGGAUCAUGAUGAGGCUGGUGGAGACCCUGCUGCUCCAGGCGUCCACCUUCGUCCACUUGGUUCAGCGGAUUCUCAUGCUGGAUUGCUUACUCUCCUUCGCCGUGGUGUCGCGAGAGUGCGGGUGGGUGCGGCCUCAGCUGACGAAGGAAGCCGUGCUGGAGGUGGAGGACGCCCGCCACCCCCUCUACGAGCUGUGCACGCCCGCCUUCGUCGCCAACCCUAUCAGGAGCGGCCGUCCGAACCCCUGUGUCACGCUCAUCACGGGGCCCAAUGCCAGCGGGAAGACGGUGUAUCUGAAGCAGCACAGUGCCCCACGCCCUCAUACCCUCCAGGUGGGCGUGAUCGCGGUGCUCGCUCAGAUUGGGUGUUGGGUGCCGGCCGCCAGCGCUCGACUCCGCCCCUUUGACGUCAUUCUGGCGGUGACGCAAUCGACCCCGGCUGUGACGUCAUCGCUCUCCGCCUUCAUGCUUGACCUGACGCGGAUGUGCGGCGCCCUGGCCCGCGCCACCCGCCACUCCCUCGUCAUCAUCGACGAGUUCGGGGCGGCCACCUACGAAAACGACGGCGCGGCCCUCCUGACGGCGUGCCUCGACCACUGGGCCGAGCGCGCCCGCGUCCGUCCCCGCGGCCCCUCCUCCUCCCCCUCCUCCUCGCAGGGGCCCGACGAAGGACUCCAAGGACGCGAGGAGCGGGGGGGAGGGGGGGAUCCUCUGGGGGCGCCGCCGCACGUGUUUGUCUCGACGCAUCUGCUGCAAGUGCACGAUCACCUGCAGUAUCCCGAGGCCGUGAAAUGCCUGGUGCUGGAAGCUGUAGAAGAGAGCGGGUCAGUUGUGCCCUUAUACCAGGUGGCAGAGGGACGGGCACGGAAGAGCUAUGCUGCCGCUGUCGCUUCCAUUGCCGGGGUCCCUCAGCAAGUCGUGGACAGGGCGAACCAGGUGUGCGAGUGCAUCCGCGCCGGCCAGCUGCCUCCGCGCUGGUCUCUCCUCGACGACGACGAAGAGGAAAGGCGCUGCUGCGAGGAGAUCGUGUCCCUCGUCCUGGCCUUCGACCCCUCCUGCGACGCCGUGGACCUGCUUCUCGAGAGGAUCAGGGACAUCGGCAGCGUCUCCAAGAGGGUUUUGGAUUCCACGCCUUCCGCCUCCUCCAGGAACGAGACGCCACGGACCUGCGCCUCGUUGCCUUCCGGAGCCUCUGAUGUGACGCCUCGGUUCGACCUCGUGGAGACCGUCAUGCGCACGCUGGGGUCGGGUUCUUCGGGCAACGCGUCGGAGAGGAACACGCCGGAGAGGGAAGUCGGCCAAACCGCGAGGCAAGAAAUCGCAGAGGAGGAAGGACGAGUCAAAAAAGGACAAAAACAAACGGCCUCCCUUUCCUCGAUCACGAGCAACGGCCACGGGGCUGAGAACCCGUCCUCAGUCUCGUCCAGUCCUGCCGCCAGCCCUGUCACCAGCGCCGUCGCCAGCCUCGUUUUCAGCUCCGUCGCCAGCCCCGUUGUCAGCUCCGUCGCCAGCCCCGUUGUCAGCUCCAUCGCCAGCCCCAUCGCCAGCCCCGUCGUCAGCCCCGUCGUCAGCCCCGUCGCCAGCCCCGUUGUCAGCCCAGCCGCCAGCCCCGUCGCCAGCCCCGUUGUCAGCCCCGCCGCCAGCCCCGUCGCUGGCCCCGUUGUCAGCCCCGCCGCCAACUCCGCCGCCAGCCCCGUCGUCAGCCCCGUCGUGAGUCCCGUCGCCAGCUCACCGUCAGCGAAUAUCACAAUACCAUUCGAGACCCGAGAGAGCGCGGACACAUCGCUGACGGCCGGGAGAAAUAGAGACGAAGAACGCACAGCCGCAGAUCAGCCGCAGGAGGAGGCGGCUACACCAGGGUCGCCCCACUCCAGCUUCCAGCAGACGACGGAAGGGACCUCCUCCUCGCCGGAAUCCAACGGCGGCGACUCCUCCAGUUCCUCCUGCGGCCGAGAGAGUGUGGUCAUCCGGAGGAGGUCGUCGAGGCAGCACGCCCUGCUCUCCCAGCCGAGUCAGACGUUCACUCAGAGCUUCCAGGUCAACUCACACGCCUUCUUGGCCUUUCUGGGGUCCGACGCCUCCAAGUCGUGAGGGAUUUUGACCUUUAUUGGAUUGUUUAUGUUAAUUUCUCUGUGUCUGCUUUUGUUUCUCACUUUCUAUAUAUAUUUCUCUUUUCUCUCUCUCUCUCUCUCUCUCUCUCUCUCUCUCUCUCUCUCUCUCUCUCUCUCUCUCUCUCUCUCUCUCUCUCUCUCUCUCUCUCUCCAGUCCAACAUUCUUUUUGUUUUGAAAGUUUGUCUCUAUAGAUAAAUUGCUACAAGGAUAUAUAUUUUCAUGAUUUUAUGAUCUCAUGUUGCCUUUUGUAAAAUAUGAUAGAAAUACAAAUAAGGAAUUUAAAAAAUCAGCUGAUUAUAUUAAUUUUGUGACUUUUUUUGUUUUACUUUUCUACGAAUUAAAAAAAAACUAUGUUUACCUUAUUCUUCAGUGGAAACAAUUCAUCACUAUUUUACAUUUCAAUUUUUGGUUCAGAUGACAAAAAAAGAUGUUUUUUUCGGAGUGACU